CUCACCGUUACCACCACCACAGAUCUCGUAUCUGACGUGACACGCACGAACGCCUAAGCUACGCGUCAAAUGCCUGAGACCGCAAAAUAUCCUGGAGCACUGGAACCUGGAAAUGCGUAUGUUAGUGAGGAGCGCGAUGAGGAUUAUAAUGAUUAUUUAGAUUUUCUGGAUGACAAGUAUAUUGAUGACGACUACCUUAUGCCCCAAGAUUGGCACUUCACUGAGGGAGAGCGAAUUCUGGCACCAAACUCACAGACUGGUACAGUUACUUGUAUGCAACGUGCGGCAGUGGAGAUCAGCACUGUAGACGGUGCUUUCUGGUAUCGAUGGCAUGAUGUCAUCAAAAUAUUCCAGCUUGGCGAUUAUGUGGAGGUGGUUGGGGGAGAAUUUUGCGGUCGGCAUGGCUUUGUCCAGGAUGUCGGUGAUGCGAUCUUUAUUGAUGUGAUGGAAGGCCAGUACAGCAAGAGUGUAAGGGAAAUGCUGAUACAUCGCAAUUCAGCAACUAUUAUCUCUCUACCUACAACCUCUAACAAUUUCGCUGUUUCUCCUGAAGAGAUAGCUCGAAGAAUGUACACCGGUAGGGUACCAUGGCAAGGUCUCCGCAUACUGGUGCUUUCAGCUACCGCUGAAUCAAGAAAACGGCAUUUUAACCUGUUGGACACGACAUCCCGCCCUGGAACUGGUGGUCAAUCUCAUUCCGCGGACAUUCACAAAGGAAAAGUUGGAAAAGUAUUGGAUGUUGGAGUCAACCAGACAACGGCUAGUAGGCUCAGGGUAUGCAUUCGCCUGGAGCAAAGUUAUAGUGCAGUGCACAAUUACCGUGACAUAUGGGUAGAUUACAACGAGGUCGUUGAGGAAACGACAGGGCUCCCUUUACGAUUCUACCAGCUGCUGCAUCAAAGUCAGCUGGCUUUCUUACCAUCACGGGAGUAUCGCCGUAUGCGAAAGGAGCAUGAGAAUAUUGCACGUGGCCAGCUAUUAGCUGCCCAAGUUGCACUACGAUUGCAACGAACAUCCCCAUCUCCUCCUAGGUCCACUACCCCCCCACACGAAGGUACAUCCGAGGACCUUGGUACCGGUAAUGCCUGGGACGUAACAGCACCAGACCCACCAGACCCAGCGAUGUAUCACUGGAGCAGACACCCGGCACUGAACCAGCGAGAGUUACAAGUCAAUAUACAAGGGAAAUCUCAACCCCAGAAGGUCAGGCUGGAACCUUCUGGUGCCAAAUCCAUCAUGAAAGUCAUCUUUCGGACCACUCUGACAGAGGUUCGAGAUCUCACACGUGUAACACCCCUGCAGCCAACGGUAUGCGACUUCCAUCGAUGGGUUGUCAUCCAGGGACCUCACAUCGGGAAGUACGUCCGUGGCAUAUGCUACGUGCAGGGUUCCAAUCCAAUUUUGUGGACGGUUCGGGAGAUCACAUGUGCAGAGCACGGACAUGACUUGCUCGUAGGCGAGCCUUUCAAUGUUCAUAAUACGGAUCUAUGUCAAGCAGCGGACAGCCAGGCAACAUUGGACAUUAACAAUCAGUGGGCCCAGAGCAUUCGCGAAGCACCCAUGAAGCUCAAGAAGAGAAAAUUGUAAAUUACCUCCUGACCAUUAUUGUAUAAUUUCUGUCAAUACACUUACUACAUAUUACUUACUACCGCUAGUAUUGUACGAUAUCGACCGCCAAAAUUAGUGUUGCUGUGACUGAGCGGGUCAGCUAAUUCGCCGUCUGUCAAAGCC